AGACUACACCAUCUCUGUGAGCCUUUAUCUAGUUUAGAAGCCUUGAACCAGAGCCUGUGCUGGAGGAGCCACAGGGCCACACAGGCUUUGCUCAGCUUCCAUCUUGUCCUCGGAGGUCCCAGCUUCCUCAGCAGUUCACCCUGCACAGGCUGUGGGGGCUGCCUGGACCCUGACCUGACCUGGUCUCCUCUCCUCAGAGCAUCCCUACCUCCUUCCCUGCUUGCUCCCCUACAGCUCGAGAAGAGGACCUAUGGCCUGGGAGGCCACAUACCUGCUAUCCCCCAUCCUGCUGGUGCUCCUGGCCUCAGGCUAUUGCGCAGAAGAUGCAGAGUUAUAUCAAAAAAAGGAGGGCCAGACAUUUUCUGUGAAAUGCCAGUAUUAUUACAGCCAAUACGUCAACAUGAUGAAGGUGUGGUGUCAGCAAACAUCAACGGAAAGUUGUAAAGUGUUAGUGUCCAGUCUCAGCACAAAUACUUGGUGGCCAAAAUUCUCCAUCCGGGACCAUCCUGACUCUCGCUUCUUCACUGUCACCAUGAUUGCACUCACAGUGGGAGACUCGGGUCUCUACUAUUGUGGGAUCCGUGACAAUCGCGGAACAAUCGGUGUUCUCAGAACCAUCCGCCUGGUGGUGUCAAGAGCUUUACCCCCACCCACGACCUCCUGUACGACAACAGUCCUGGCCUCUACCACCAGCCCUGUCAUUCACAGUCCUCCAGAUAACUGGAUGUGGAAGGGCACCCUUGCUGGUGUGGCAGUGGCCAUCCUGUUACUGCUCGUGUUUGUUGUCCUUGUGGAAGAUCUCUCAGACCUUCCAGAUCUGGCAGCCAAAGGCCUGUGCUGUCCUGUGCAGCACCUGAAGAUGCAAUGCUGCCCUGUGUGA